AUGAUGAGGGCGCUCGCGGCGACGCCCGGCGGGGCGCACGUGACGGGAUUGACGGUCCCUGCCCUGUCAGGGAACUCUUGGGACUUAUGGACGCAUUUGACGUCGGAGGCGGAGCUGCAGGGGGUGGCGCGGGUCCUGCAGACGCGCACAGUGCGGGACCGCCUGCGCUUUCUGAAGAUCGCGGUGGGGCGGGACGCCUUGAUGCAACACCGGGCUGCCGAGGUACUGCACGGAGCGCUGGGUGGUCUGUCGGCGCUGCAGCACCUGCAGCUCGACCACCCCAGUGCACACUUGGCAAACGUCGUUGACCAGCUCAGCGGGCUCAGGACGCUCGAGGUGCGGCAGGGGCUGUGGAUGCAUGAUCGUGGAUUCACAGCCGCGGAGUGGUCCGCGUUCUGGGUCGCUCUGGAGCGGGCGACGGACCUGCGCAGCCUCACGUUGUCCGACUGGGCCGAUCGGGACGCAAGCGCGGAGCUGCGGGCCCUGCCGGCGCGGCUGGAGGUACUCUGCAUGAAUUGCGAGCACCCCCUUCGCUGGUGGGACGGCAUCAACCUGCGGUCGCUGAACCUGGAGCGUAUGGGACACUUCGAGCGCUGGGACAGGCUGGCGGAGCUCCUGAGCCGCAGCAGGAAGCUGACGCGGCUGCGGGUGGGGGGUAUUUCAGAUCGCCCGCACAUCGACCCGGACGCCGUGCUUGCGGUGUUUUCGGCCCUGGAGCACAGCCAGGUGGAGGACCUCUCGUUGGCGUGCUCAUUCGAAGCAGAAGGAGCCUUUCGCGAGGCGUUGGGGGCCGCCGUUGCCUCCGCGGUGCGCAACAUGCCCGCGCUCCAAGAGCUGCACCUUUCGGGCCCGACGACGCGCGAGGCGGACCCCGAUGGCUGGCUCGGAUUCGAUCGGUCCGCGGCGGUGGCGGCCCUGCGCGACACGGCGACGCUGCGCACGCUGCGGCUCGACCUGUGCAGUUCCAAGAUCGAACCGGGUCUCGGCGCGGCUCUGGGCGGCCUGGUCAGUCGGAGCACGUCGCUCGCGGAGCUGCACCUGCACCGCUUCGAGUGCCCCGCGGGAUCAUACAGUGAGCUCUUCCAGGGCCUGGGCGAGAACAGGACGCUGCAGGUGCUGCGGUGCUGCAGCGGCGGGGAGGCGCCGCUGGACAACGGCUUCGUGCGCCGGCUGAUGGACGCGCUGUACGGUGGCGGCCGCCACGAAGGCCGGCAACUGCACACGCUCGAGAUUCGGUCCAGCCGCGUCAGGCACGCCGGCGUUGCGCACAUCGCGCAGGUCCUGGAAGACCGGCCAUCGGUCAAGCUGCGGCGGCUGACUCUCGAGGGCGUCGACGUCGGGCUGGAAUCCAUCGGGUUCGCGCUGCAACGGAACUGCGCGCUCGUGUCGCUGCGGGUCCCUGUCAACGAAGACCGCAUAUACCGGGAGGUGGCGACGUUGGAGGAGGCGCUGGUGGACAACACGACGCUGCGGCACCUGGACAUCAGGGAGCUCGAGGGCGGUUCGCUGUAUUCGACAAAUGUCGGGAAGCAGCUGCGAGAGGUGUGGCACGCGCAGCGGUUUGCGAUGGCCCUGCGCGAGGCCAUCGGGGGGAAGCCGAACAGGACGCCCGGAGAAUAUUUCAUGCGGAUGAUGGCGCGCUGA